UAAUCCUCGGGCGGAGCGGCUCGGGGGCCCCAUUUUAUGGCAAUAAAGCGACUUAGCGCCUGCUGAGCGAGCCCCUCCCCGCCGCCGCCCCCGCCCUCGGCCCCACCCCGGGGCUCGCCCGCAGCGGCGGGGCUUUGUUUCUGGGGAGAAGGACCGGAGCUCUUUUGUUUGGGGGUUUGGUGUUUUCACCCCCCCAUCUCACCCCACCCACCCCACCCCCCGCGCCUCUCCGGUUUCCUGAGCUGCGGGCUGCAAGGGAGAGAAGCGGCGUCUUGCAACCCCCUCGGCUGGGCCCCGGGGUAAUUCGAUGCGGGCCUGGCGAGGCUCCCCACGCUAGACCGGGGCUCGCGUCUCGGCAGCCUCCACCCACCGGCCCACCCUACAUUUAGCGCAUCAUGUGAUCCUGGGUCAUGGCAACUUUGGCUGGAUUUAAGCCAUCAAGGACGAGUUGCCUAAGACUAGUAACUUUGAUCUUAACUUUUCUGUGAAUCACAAACCCACCUGGGACCCAACAGCCACAGAGUUUUAGCUUUUUCAGGCUCUGAACAUACAGAAAAUACCUUCUGAAUAAGAACAAACAGGAUCAAUGUGACUCUGGAAACAAAUGGAUGAAUGAAUAUCCAUAUGAAGAGGAAAACAAUAAAGAAUAUCAACACCUUUGAGAACAGAAUGUUAAUGCUUGAUGGGAUGCCGGCAGUCAGAGUCAAAACAGAGCUUUUGGAAUCUGAACAAGGGUCUCCAAACGUCCACAACUAUCCCGAUAUGGAAGCUGUUCCCCUGUUGCUAAAUAACGUGAAAGGGGAGCCCCCGGAGGACUCAUUAUCCGUAGAUCACUUCCAAACACAAACUGAGCCAGUGGACUUGUCAAUAAACAAAGCCAGGACAUCCCCUACCGCCGUUUCAUCCUCCCCAGUUUCCAUGACAGCGUCUGCCUCCUCACCUUCUUCAACUUCAACCUCUUCAUCUUCAUCUAGUCGUCCAGCCUCAUCCCCAACUGUUAUAACAUCAGUAUCUUCAGCAUCGUCUUCGUCAACAGUAUUAACUCCAGGACCCCUUGUUGCCUCUGCGUCUGGCGUGGGAGGCCAGCAGUUUUUGCACAUUAUCCAUCCUGUACCGCCUUCAAGUCCCAUGAAUUUACAGUCUAACAAACUGAGUCACGUUCACCGCAUCCCCGUGGUGGUACAGUCGGUGCCUGUUGUCUACACAGCUGUACGGUCACCUGGAAAUGUGAACAACACUAUUGUCGUGCCGCUUUUGGAGGAUGGGAGAAGCCAUGGCAAAGCACAAAUGGACCCCCGAGGCCUAUCUCCCAGACAAAGUAAAAGUGACAGUGAUGACGAUGACCUGCCAAAUGUGACCUUAGAUAGCGUUAAUGAAACUGGAUCUACGGCCCUUUCCAUAGCCAGAGCAGUCCAAGAGGUACAUCCGUCCCCAGUAUCAAGGGUUCGGGGAAAUCGAAUGAAUAACCAGAAGUUUGCUUGUUCAAUUUCACCAUUUAGUAUUGAGAGCACAAGACGCCAGAGACGGUCCGAAUCCCCAGACUCCAGGAAACGACGAAUCCACAGAUGUGAUUUUGAGGGAUGCAACAAAGUGUACACAAAAAGUUCUCACCUGAAGGCUCACCGGAGGACACAUACAGGAGAGAAACCCUACAAGUGUACCUGGGAAGGCUGCACCUGGAAGUUUGCGCGUUCAGAUGAACUGACUCGGCAUUACCGCAAACACACGGGAGUGAAGCCAUUCAAGUGCGCAGACUGUGAUCGCAGCUUCUCCCGGUCAGACCACUUGGCCCUGCACCGCCGGAGGCACAUGCUGGUGUGAGGACCGCUCCCUAUCCAGCUGGGCUGAAGAGCUGAAUCUCUUAGCGGCACCCAAUUCAGCAGGGCUGAAUCCCUUCACAGUGUUAACUCAAAAGGGCAUCACCAUCCCACGAUGUCUGAAACUAGCGCAGGAACGAGAAGGAACCCUUCUUUCGGUCUGAAGGUAACCCCCACCUUGACUACAAGAGAGAUGGCUUCACCCCGGCAUGGGAGUUCAGCCACAAAAAUGCUGAAGAGACAGGCAUUGUUUUCCGUGCUGUGUCCUCUGCCAUUUACAGAUGUUUGUAGCUUGUACAUUUUCUGAGCUGUCAGACGUUUUGUUAUUGAUAUCUUAAAGGUCAUCUACCACAAAUUGUUGGCUAGAGCAAGACCUUUUCAAUUUGGAUGAUUCUCUCAACAUCCCCUCCACACCCCCCACCCCACCUUUAACCCCUUUUUACAAAAAGUUUAGUUCCUAGCUAAGUAAGCUAGAACCCACAUCCAGUCUGUUACCAGCAAGCAGCAUGAAAGUAGGAAGGAAGAAGUUGUUGGAGAGGUUCCAUUACCUGAAAAUAAAGGCGCUUGACUCAGCAGGCCCUUGCAAUAGCGAUGGCAGCAACUAGAUGUCCCUCGCAACUUGUCAUCAUGCCAUGCCCUGAAGAAAACCAACAUUGAAUCUCUCAUUUGUUUGUCGUUGAUUGUUUCUGUUUUGUUUCGAUUCUGUUUUGUUCAUCUGUUUGAGCAGAGGGGCAGCGACAUUUCAGUUCAAGUCUAGUCCUGGUCUCUGCCCUGGCAUGGACUGGCACCGAGGUGUUCUGUAGUUGAAUAGGAAGAGCCUGUCUAAACCUACUGCCCCACUUCAAAUUGCAGUGUUCUGUCACCUAGGCAUCAUCUCUUCCUGCCCCCAGUGUUUGAUUACAAGGAAUCAGGGGAAAAAACUUUCUUAGACAUACUGGCACCAACGUAAGAGGUGGGGCUGCCCGGGCAAAGUCAGUGAACAUGAAAAAUCAGACAAAGCAGAGAUGGAAAUAAUGCACCCCUUGAGGAGAAAAGCAAUAAUGAAUAAAAGGACUUUCCUACAAUAACUUCACUGAGGACUCACGUUACCAGUUUUCAUACUUACUAAAGGGAUUGUAAAAAACACCCCAGCAUUUUAGGUGUCUUGGUUACAUUUACAGCACUGAGGUAAUCUUUCUGCUGUUUGUUGUGCUGCUCGGUUGAGUAUCACAAUUAAAGAUUAUGCUCCCCUUUUCUUGUUUGAAAACAGUUAUUCGGUGACUAGAAAGGCGAUGGAGGCAUAGCUGGGAAUUAGCUCUUGAGUUAAUGGGUCCAUUCUUGGGAAUGAGUCGGUGGAAAGGGAGUGGUCCUGCCGAAGGCCUGCCAUGGUGCUGUUUCCUCUGUUGGAGAGCCGAGGAUAAGUCUCUCCAAUAGGUUCUUCUAUACAUUGCAUUUUCUAAACUGUACCAGGACCCAGUGGUCCUGCAUUGGCAUCUGCAGGGAUAAUGAACCUACUCAUCCUACGAUGAGGAUGAGAGGAAAGUAGAGACCCACCCUACCCCAAAAUUGUGAACCUUUUGCAACUAGCAAAGUACACAGGAAACAAAGCAAUACAUCACCACCAACCAUUCUUUCAGAAAAAUUAUCAUAUUUUUGUCCCCACUAUAAGACAUUUUUCCCCCCAGCUUUAUGUGGCUAAGGGGUUUGGUGAGAUUUUUGUUGUUGUUGUUGUUGUUGUUAUUGUGGUUAGGAUUUUUUAUAGCUUAGAUAUAAAAGGUCUCCAGCACAGACCUUUGCAAUAUAUUUUAAUUACAGACACUUGAUUUGGGGAAUUGCACAAAUUAACCUCACAAUAUUUCUAGCUCAUUUUUAAAUGUUUGAACAUUCUGAAAUAGUUUCCGGUGACAGAAUUAUUCCUUUUAGGAUCAUCUUCUUAUUCAAAUAAUCUUAUUCUGCUGAAGCAAGAACUAUGAACAUUGUAACAAGGACAAUUUGUGUUAGAUGGUAUUAAAAGAAUUUUAACAAAUGAUUGAAGCAACAUUUGUAAAGAUUUUCAGGUCACAUUCUGGCUUCAAAAAUAUGUGUUCUCUAUUUUCUGCCAGACCUGAAAAAUGCAUCAGGCAAUUUCCCUCCAACAAAAAGGGCUGCAAUUCUAUUGAUAAAUAGUUUCUUUAGCUACACAAUCUGCUACCCACCAACCAGUGGGGUUCCUACCAACUGGAACAUUUUUUUAUCUGUACUGUAUGCAACUCACUUCUCAUUGCCUAUGACCAUUCAGAAUAGAAAUAGUUUUCUUGAAUGCCAGCACUGGUCAGUGGCAAAGAACAGAGAGGAGCUAACACAGCCAUGAACCCAGAACCUAGUUGGCAGGUCAGAGGAUCACUCAAGUGAAGUGUAGAUUGGAGUCAUUUCUGCCUACUAUCAGAAGAGCUAGACCUUUUUUUUUUUUCUUUCUUUCUUUCUUUUUUUCUGGCAAGCAAUGUCUUGAGAGUACUGUAGGUAGACAUGGUUUUUAAAUUCAUUGAACUGACAGUGGAAGCUUCCUGAAUGACAGCUUGAUUUAAAUUUAGCAAAGAACUAAAUGAGCUGCAUUUCUCUAAUGACAUAGGAAAGAUGUAGGGAAGUGAAGUGAGCUUCUUCUCCUUACCCUCUGGAAGUGGAAAUCAGACUGCAAUGGCGAGUUAACUGAUAAAACCUGUCAGCCUCACACCAUUUCUCCCUCUUGACAGAGCAGUACUUCUAAGAAGGGAGCCAAGGACAAGUAAGUCAAUGAGUUCCUGAUCUACCCCAGGAAUUAAAACUUAUUUGGGGCUUGUCUUGGGAUAUAGCAAAUUCACCUUGGUGAGAUUCCUAAAAGUGUUUCCCCAUGUUAAGGAAAGUGGUUUGGGACAAAAGAAAAUGGAAUAUGUAUCGGUACAGAAAAGCCACCAUACCAUCUCUUGUGCAUUUUUAGCCUCUUGAAAAGCACAGUGCAUGAUGAACUAUAGAAAAGGGACAGAAUCCUAAAGGACUUAUCAGCUGUUCCCUAAGUAGAAACAUUCUCUGGUUUUAAAUUUGAAGCUGUUGGAUUUGCAGCUAGGGAUACGUGCAUGGUUGGGAACUUUCAUACGCAUAGCUAUAAUUCUUAAGAAGCUGCAGGAGACCUUACAUUCUUUUUGCAGUUUAGAGAUUGAUUAUAAGGGAGUUAGGGGAUUUGAAAAGUUAUGAUGUUUUAGUAGAGUCCUUUAUAUUCUGAUCUUGUUUGGAGAGAGAUUCACGCUUCCCCAUCCACCUCCAGUCUCCUUCUGUCCAUUUUAUGUGGACUCUGCUUGAUAACCUGUCUUAAGUUCUAUUAAGGCAUCUAGAUGGAGAUCCCUAAUGGCUUUACCAUAAAGAUUCUACUACUGUCUUUACAAAACACAAAGGAUUUUCCAUUUGUUUUCAAAGACAGUUGAAUACCAGUAACAUAAACCACCUUUAAAAAAAAAAAAAAAAGCACUUUUUAUUCACUUUAAAGUUUAAGUGGGAAAUAGAAAGAUGAAUUGUCAGGUGAAAAAACUUUAAAAAAUGCUACAGUGUUUACAAAUGCCAGUUCUAGUUGAUUAGAAGUGUUGUUUCCAGUAUGGUUGAAAUGUGGAAUAGCUUAUGCAAAGAUUGUGUUCAUUUUUAUAUAACUUGUUUUAACCUCAAAUUGCCAUUUGUGUUUUAAACAGAAAUAUAAUUCUGCACUUUGAAAUCAGUUCAUUAGAAUAACAUGUAUAUGGAUAAAGAUGCAGUAUUCCUUAUUCUGUACUUUAUUUAUUAUACUUACCAAAGCUGCAGUUGAAUAAAUCUGGUGAGGUGAGGCCUUCAAAUGUAUUAAUACGCCUUUGUUAUGCUGUUGUGACUGCUUAGAAAUGUAGCCGUGGUGCUGUUUCGAAGCUGUCUUCACAUUUAUAGUGAGGGUGGAUGGAAUUCAAGCAGUGUUCGUGCCAGCAUGCAUGCUAUGGUCUGCAUCAAAGGGACUGAAUGUGAGGUGACUCUGAUGAACCAUAAUAGGCCCAAGAAGCCUUAAUUUUCAUAGUUCAUUAUCCACUCUUCAAAUUUGCCCUUUACUAAUGCCUGUCAAUUUAUUAGGUAAAUGUAUUCUGUUAAAACAUCACUGACCAAAUUUCUUCCUUUCAUUUUUCUGAGGUAGUGCAUCCCAUGAAAUGGUCUUCUCAAUUUGACUUGGUUUCCUAUAGGAAAGGGGUUUGGUAAGCCACAUCUCCCAUACUACACUUCCACUUCUCCCCCACACUGCCUUCCACUUACCUGGAUAGACUCCCUAACACCUGCACAUGUGUAUACAUACCGGUAUAUGCAGCUGCCAGUGAGCUAAUAAAUAUCAACAAAGAACUUUUUUUAAAAGAAAAAAUUUGUAAUAAUCCAUACUAUCUAGAAAUAUAAGUUAUUUACCUUAUUAGGGAAUCAGCUUAUAAUACUAUAUAUGACUUUGCCUGCAUUUUAUAGUUAAGAAAUGUACAUAAAAAUUAUAAAUGCUAUAUUUUCACAGUUUCAUUAUAGAGUAAUGUCUGUUUAGCAACCCAUGUCCAUUGGUAUUUUAAAUAUGCUGAAUAUUGAGCAAUUGCAAUAGAAAUUCAGAUUUUCAUAAGAAAAUGAAAUAGAAGGAUACUGCAUCUUUAAAAAUAGAGUGAAGAUAUUUUACUGUAUUCGUAACAUAUGCGAUAGUGGGAAAAAGUAUUUUCAAACAUGCAAAUUUUACAGAGGUUGUAAAUAGUUUGAUGAAGUAUGUCGGGGGAAAGAACUUCUAGUUUUCAUCACAAUAAAAAAACAAAAAAAACCUUGUCCAGGUAUGCCUUGUGUAUCUUACACACAAUUAAUGAUAUUGCCAUGGGAACUCUGUCCCACUUUGUCAGAGCAUGUUCCUUAUGUUCUGUCAAAGUGGAGUAGCCACUUGUCAUGGUUCAGCCAGGAUGAUUUAAAACCCAUUGAAAUCAUUUUAAGUUGCUGCAGACACACUGAUUCCAAACUCACAGUGUCUUUUCCUGAAAAAGGGAAAUAGCUGCACAGGAUUUUCUUGUGCUAAAGAGCACCUGGCAAUUGUUCUCUUCUCAGUUAUCUUUCUCCUCAAUUAAGUGGUUCUUGAUCAAGAAAACCAUAUAAGUAUUUAUUCUUGUUGAAUUCUGGAGGGAUUGCUUUUCAGUGUAGCUCUUGUUGACAAGAUUAAGUGCUGUGGAAAUGGCCACAUGCUAAAUGAAUUUAUACUGGCAUUAGAAAUAAGCUAAUGCCCAUUUUCAGAAACGAACUAAAUGCUGAAAGUGCCUGUCAAUAAUCAUGACCAAUGAGAUAUUCCUAUACUUUUUACACAGCAAUAAUUCUUCAUCAGACUGGGUUUUUACUGCACAUUUUGAAAACAUACACACAGAGUAUAUGUAUGUAUGUAAUAAAUUGAAUCUGUUCACAUACCCAUGAGGGCGAGACUUUUGUGUCUUUUAAGUAUACCUUAUCUUCUUUGCAGUUAACAUUUCUUAAUUUGAGUUUGCAUACUUGAAGAAUGUACAAAUGCAAAUAUGAACGUUAGGUUAUCUUCAGUAUAUACUAUGGCGUAUGGCAAUUAUAAUUUUCAGAUUAAAAACUUGAUUGUGAUUUGCCCCAAAUUUAAGAAAUAAUAUGUAUGACUCAAAAAAGUUUUGCUCAGUUAAAAAUAUCAAUUUAUUUAGAGCAAAACACUGAGAGAUAUUUGUCCGCUUUACUUUAUCCACUUAUAUCAAAUGCUCAAAUCUGUCUUUACAUUUCUUCACUCCUUUUCCCUAAUGUUUCCUGUUUUCAUUUAAGAACCAUUUGGGGAUGAAUAUUGACAAAAUCAUUUCUCCCCCAAAAGUCUACAGAAGUAUUGUUGAUAUUUGGUAAGCCUACUCUUUAACCACUUUUUUCAGUUAGUCUUGAAAAUUACCUGAUCCACAUCCAGAAGUUCACAAGUUUUUCCUAAAAUUAUUUUACUGCUAAAAGUGGAGUCAUGGAUAUCAGUGUACAGUGAAACCUGGAAAUUCUCCAACCUUGCCAUCUCAGAGCACAAAUUCAUCCAAACAAGCUGUUGAGGCUAUCAGCAAAAUUAUACUCUUUCAAAGCCAAACAUGUGCUAAGAGCAAUUAAAAGUAUGAGUGAUUAAACCCUCAGGCAGUGUAGACAACCGCGAUGAACAGCCAUCUCCAGGCCCAGACCACAGGCCUACAAAACCAUCCGCUGUUUCCUCCUCCAAGUUUUAGACAGGGAAAGGAAAAAGGAAAUGCACCAGGGUAGGGCAUGAAAUAACCAAUAGAGUGUCAAAGAAGGCUGCCGAGUUCCUUAAUCUCACUGAAGUCUUCUCAUUGGGCUUUGUUCCACAUGUUGUCUGCAAGUACUAAAAUACCUUGAAAGUACAAAAACUCAGCAAACUAUGACAAUAAUAACUACUUUCUUAAGUACUACAUGUGGAGCACUGUGCUAGGUGAUUUUUAGACAUAUUACCUCUAAUCUGUUUGACAGUUUAACAUAUUAUGAAUGGGAAACUGAGGCACAAAGAGAAUGGCUGAGAUAUCCAUGGAUACAGAAAAAGUAAAUGGCAGAGUAGGAAUGUGAAGCCACCUCUCUCUGACUCUGAAACCCCAGUCUUUCCACUGUAUCUCACUGCACAUGUUCCUGGCAACCACCUUUCCAUACUCCCAACUAAGUUUUAUUAUAGAUACUCUGCACGAGUUGUUAUCAUUUUGCAAGUAAAAUAUCAGAUAUGAUAUGACACAUGGUUUGACAAUGGUGUGGAGUGUUUGAAAUCAGCCAUCUCCUGGAAAUGUGUUUGUGAAGGAUCACUAUAAACAAAUAGCAGCCACCAGAUGUCUCUCUGACUUGUCACUUUCCUCCCAAAUGUUUGGCCUGGAGCUUCAGAAUCAUCAAAACUCCUCCCUACUUAGUAACAUCGUAGCCCAAGUUGGUUUUUCUCAGUUCUACGCAUUUCUUUGUAUCUAUAACAAAUGCCUGCCAGAGUCUGCUUAAGGUGGGUUUGAGAUGCUCACCUCCGUGGACUGGUAGUUAAUACCAGAGCCUUCUCUUAACAGGUGUUAAUGGGGUAGUGAUCACAAACAUUGAGAUGAUGAUCAAUGGGUAAUUCCUUUUCAGUUUUCUUUCUUAACAGCACUGCCUUGGAAUGUUUUAAAUAGUCUUAUAAAUAAUUUGUUUAUAGUGUUGUUGUUAGCUUAAUUGAGUUUUAUGUGAGAAGCUGUCCAACAUCAGAGAAAUAAAAUCCCUACCCUCUGUAUAGAGCAAGGCCUCUGACAGUAUUGAUUCAUGGAAGUACUAAUGGACUUCAGAAACAUUAAGAGAAUGUCAUUUCUCAUAGUAUUUCUGUUUCUGAAAAUGAAUCUCCUAAAUUAUGCUCUUUCUCCCUGUAAGUUGGCUGGGGGAAAAGAUAAAACCUGUAUAAACAAAUUCUCUUCUUUGCUGAAAGCAAGUGUUCCAUGCGCACAACCUAUUGCAGACAGGGGCCUUUCUCAGUUAAUUAGGUUUCACUAGCAAUAAUUUCUCAAUGACAAAAAUGACCUCUUACGUGAGUUGAAAGAGAUGAAAAGUGGAAAUAGUCACAUGGAUACUUUUUCUUUCUGGAUUUCAUCUCUAGAAAUUUGCAUCAUUUCAGACAACAGAGUCUGCUCUUCGUAUAAAGCAAGGACCAGUGCCUCCUGGUCUGAAUUAUUCUCUCACUUUCCCCAAAGAAGGUUAACCAAGACUUUCAUAGAGAUUUUUUUUUUUUUUUUUUUUUUUUUGUCAAGAAUGAGGUGAAUAGAAGGAUAGCAUUUGGGCCAAAAUCUAGUAAUAAAAGUGUCCAAGCAAUCAAAAAGUAACAUAUUUUAGAGACCUCCUGACUUCUUCCCUUUCUGCUUAUUUCUUAUUCCAAAGAUAAAACACAAAAUGUUACAGAAAAUGGUUCGACCCUACUCAUGUUUCUAGUUUUCCAUGGCAGAAUUUUGUGAUCACAUCCAGACCGUAGGAUAUGUUUUGUUCCUCACACUUUAUUACAUUGGGUGGGUAUUGUUGAACUGGGGCACUGGUGCCUAUUUGCAAGGCUCUUUCCUAUCAACUUGUCUGUCUACAGUUUGUUGUGUUUAAGGAUUCAUUUUUUAAAAAAAUCACUGUCUCCCCCACAGGAUGGUGGCUGUAUUGUUUUGUUCAUGUCUAUGUGGGACAUUUGCAUCACAUGGCAAACCAACUCUGUGGAUGUGAGAUAACCACUUAACAAAACCAGCUUGAAAACAUCAUCUUAUGUAUUAUGUCAUCCUGCAUCAUAAUGCAAUUAUGUGUAUCAUGAUCAUUUUUUAAGAAGAGAAACCAGCAAAUUCAUGUUUGUCCAUAAAAGAAUGUACUCAGAACUUUCUGUGUUGUGAAACGAUGAGAACAGACCACCUUUAAGAUACCCACCUGCCACUUAAAAUGACUUAGUUAUAAUUAGUAGUAGUCUAGACGUUGCUCUUGGUGUGUGGGGGUCAAUUCAAAUGUCAUAUUCUUUUAAAUAAAUCUCUCAAGUCAUAUUUGAAAAAUUACACAGGAAUAAAGACAACAUCCUCUUUGGCCAAAUCAAGCAGGCAUUUCUUUUCUUUUCCUUGACACUUAGCUCAUUAUACAUGGUGAUUGGAUCACAAGAUCUUUCUGUGUAAAAAUACAAAAACAUCCUUUAGUUUACAAAACAGUUAUUCUAGGCUUGAAGCCUCUGAACAGCAAAUUAAAUCGAUGGGCUGUGUCUGAUUCACUUGAUGGAUGUAAUUUUACAAAGAUUCUUGGGUCUCUGACCCCAGAGAGCUAGAGUGCCCAGGGGAGAACACACAAUUAAAGAAUAAGCCCCCCAAUGAUACUGGCAAACAAGUGUGUUGAGUUCUUAAAUCUUUGUUUGGUUUUCUGUUCAGAGUUUUAAUUGCAAAUGAAUUUAUUUCUUUAGCUUAAAGAUCUAAUUUCCUAAUAGUUUCCUCUGCAUUUUAUAUACUCUGUAGUGUUUAGGCAACCCCUGUUAUAAGUUUAUUAAUAUUAUGUAAGUGUUGUUCUUGUAUUUAUGUAUAGUGUAUGUAUUGUAAAUAUACUCAGAGCUUUUUUCUUUUUACUGUAAAAUGGUGAAUUUUUUUUUUUUUUUUUGCCCUAUGAUAAUGUAAAGGGAGACCCUCUUAAUGAGAUUCUCUCAAAGGACGAUUAUUCCAGUCUAUUCUCAGAGAUUUAAAUGAACAAGUGUUAUCGUUUUUAAUGGUGUCUCAGACAUAUUCUGUUGGUGCAUUGCUUUUCUGUAUUCAACUUUCCUAUGAAUUGAGCUGUGAACCGAAAUAGAGUUUAAACCUUUAACUGUAUGCAUUUGUAUAAUUAUCUGAAUGAAGGCAUGAAGGUUAAAUAAAGCAUUUUGUAUGGAACAAAACUUCCUAAUUAUUACUAAGGCUGACUCAGAUACUUUGGAAAUCAUAGUUAUUAACUGUUCUAAUUAAACCUUU